AUGUCGCUUCCAGGACUGGUCGUUGCAGUCCGGAGCAGCACAGGAGCCGGAGCCAGCGGGAAAGAGACAGCAACACAGAGCACUGUAUCAGAUGUGACUCUAUCGAGAACUGUGCUUGUAUCGGAUAAGAUCGCAGAAGAGGGCACAGGAGAACUGCCAGCAAGAAGGAGGCGGCUGACGGGGUUUGAGACGUACGAUAUUCGGCGAGUGCGAGAAUGGGUGGUAGCACAUAACAAUGCCAGAACGCUUUACUCUGGAAAUGUAGUCAAGAGAAGCUCCUCCUCCUCCUCCUCCUCCUCCUCCUCCUCCUCCUCCUCCUCCUCCUCCUCUUCCUCCCCUCCUCUUCCUCCUCUCCUCUGGGACCCUGCCCUAGCUCGCUUUGCUCAAGCACACGGGGAUUCAGUAGGUGCCAACGCGCAAUGCCACCCGGAAGCCAACGAGGCGGCGGGGGAGGCGGGUCUGGGGGAGGUGUACCUGUGGGCCGCGGUGGAGAAGGGGGAGGCGUUAUUCACGGCUGCAGAGGCGGUUGAAGCGUGGGCGGAGCAGCACUACAGCAGCAGCUCAGGGGCGUGGCAACCACUACAGCAGCAGCACAGGGGCGUGCAUGCAAGGGGAGGACUGUGGCGCAUUCAUUCAGCUGACGUGGAGAGACACAAGGAGAGUGGGGUGCGGCGAGGUGCGUGGCUGCAUGUUCCCCUUCUGCCGAUCCCGCUUUCCCCCUCAUACACAAUGUCAUUAUCACUGACUGUGGCGCAUUCAAGCAUUUCUUCAGCUCACGUGGAGAGACACGAGGAGGGUGGGCUGUGGCGGCCGAUUUCACCGGAGUGGAUCAGUUUCUCCUCUGCAACUACCAUCCAUUUUCUGCUCUCCUCUAUCACCUUUUGCUCUUCUUUACUCUCUGCUGCUUCCAUCCCUCCCCAUCCCUCCCACCAGGCCCUCUGUCCCUACAAGGCCAAUUUCACCGGGGGUGCCUCAGUUUCUCGUCUGCAACUACGACCCUCCCCCUGCUCUGCAUUGCCUCUGAUGCUGCUAUCCCCCAACCAUCCCUCCCACCAGGCCCUCUGUCCCUACAAGGGAAAUUUCACUGGAGUGGCUCAGUUUCUCGUCUGCAACUACUACCCUCCGGCUGCUGCUGUUUAG